AGUUGACCACCUCAUUGUUAGACAGAUGAUGGAGCAUGCAGAGGUGGCCAGCCUUCUGUAUAGGAUGGAGUAUCUGUGUAACAUUCCCAUCCACAUCAACAUCCGCACAGCACUGAACAAGUAUCAUGAAGCUGUUUGCGGCACCCAGGCAAUGCGCAAGCAGAUCUCUACCAUGUCCAAACCGCAGCAGCAGAGAGGUCACAUCCCAGACACCCAAGACCUCCUGUUGAUCAUCACACUCAAGCACCUAGCUGCCACCACGAGGAAGCUCCGCGUGGCCCUGUGGUGCGCCGUCCAGAUGACGCUGCCGCUGCCGCAGCCGGUCGGACGGCAGGACGACCAAGUCAGCAAGCAGGCCACGCUCAGAAAUGAGCACACCUCUGCAUUCAAGGAAAACUCCUUCAGGUUGUGACUUAAGCAGCAAACAAGCAUGAGUUAAAGGUCCUAAUUAAAUGAAAUCCACCAAAUCACCAUUUAUAGGACACUAAUGAUUUGUGAAGCUUGUGUUGGAAUUAC